AUGCAAAAGGAGGACGACAGUCACCAGUUGGUCAAGUUCCCACGAACCCGCCACAUAUUCGACGCCGGUGGUGGCGUUGGCCGUGACGACCUGGUGAUGGCCAAGGACGAGGCCCGCGUGUGGUACGAGUCCACCGUGAGCGUGGAGGAGAAGGUGGACGGAAGCAAUCUGGGCAUCAGCAUCACGCCGGACCACAAGCUGCUCUUCCAGAACCGCUCGCACUACGUCAACACGGAGACCCAGGCGCAGUGGCGGCAACUGGAGAGCUGGGCCGAGAAGCACCCGGGCCUGCACCAAGUGCUGACCCCCGACCGCAUCCUCUUCGGCGAGUGGUUGUACGCACGGCACUCGAUCCACUACACCAACCUGCCCGACCUCUUCCUCGCCUUCGACAUCUACGACAAGAAGAAGGGACGGUUCCUGAGCCGACGCUCGAGGGACCAGCUGCUGGAGGGCACCGGCAUCCACACGGUGCCGCUGCUCAAGAACGGCAAGCUGUCACGCGCCGAUUACGAGGAGCUGCUCAACAGCCAAUCGGCCUUCCACGACGGCGUGGUCGAGGGCGUCUACGUGCGCAUCGACGAGGCGAUCGAUCGCCAGGACGACAAUGUGGGCAACGAGCUGGCGUGGGUGGGCGCCAAUGAAGGCGAGUCAAAGAAGGGCAAGGGGGGCAAGGGCAAGGCGGCGCGCGGAGGCAAGGCCGGACGAGCCCGCGGCGGAGCCAAGGGCGGUGCUGCUCGAGCACCACCGGCUGCGACGACAGCUGAGGCCGACGACGGAGGUGACGAAGGGUGGAGCUAUCUCAUCCAACGCGCCAAGAUCGUGCGAUCCGACUUCCUGCCGCUCGAGGACCCCGACGUCACCCACUGGUCGCGACAAAUGAUGGUAAAGAACAUCGUGCGCUAUGACUAG